AUGGUCCAGAACGAUCAAGUAAAUGAUAUUUCCAUCGCGCUCAAAGAACAAGAUGUCGAACCUCCUUACUCCAUAUUCACGACUUCCGAAAAAUGGAUUAUAGUAUCUCUUGCAUCCAUAGCAGGUUUGUUCAGUCCGUUGACGGCCUACAUAUACCUGCCUGCCAUUCCAAUGAUCGCGACUGCGUUUAACAAGACUGUCGAACUUACCAACCUCACGGUGACGGUUUAUCUGGUGUUUCAAGGCGUAUCACCCAUGUUCUGGGGGACUCUCGCAGAUCGUAUGGGCAGGCGACCGACGUCGCUCGGAUGUUUGUUUGUUCUCAGCCUUGCUUGCAUCGGUCUGGCGUUCGUACCGACAUCACAAUUCUGGCUCUUGAUGCUUCUCCGGUGUCUGCAAGCGGUGGGCAGCGCUAGCACUCUCACGAUCGGUGCUGGUAUUAUCGCAGACAUCGCCACCCCUGCGGAACGAGGUGGUUUCUUUGGCAUUUUCACCGUGGGUCCGCAGGUUGGGCCCGCGUUGGGACCCGUUAUAGGAGGCGCUCUUGCGGAUACCCUCGGAUGGAGAUCCAUUUUUUGGUUCCUCUGUAUCGCUAGUUCAGCGUGUUUUAUUGUCAUGGUCACGUUCCUCCCCGAGACUUUACGGAGCCUCGUCGGAGAUGGCAGUGUCCUUCCGCCUAUCCAAUAUCGUCCUCUGUUGCACUUAAUGGGGCGUGGCCGUAAAGAUUCUGAGGUCGAGUGUCUACCGGGUCGUAAAUCUUCCAACCCUUUCCGUUUGUUCGCAUGCGUCGAUGUCUUGAACCUCCUUAUUUUCAACGGCAUUCAAUACGCGGUGUUCUCCGCCAUUCUGGCGACCAUAUCUUCGCUCUUCGAAAAGAAAUACCCUCAGCUGACAGAGACGGACAUUGGACUUUGCUAUCUGGCUUCUGGAGGCGGGCUUGCGCUGGGCGCUAUCUUCAGUGGCAAGCUCAUGGAUUGGGAUUACAGGACGACGAAGAAACAGCUCACUCGCAAUUUUACGCCAGAGAAGGGUAUUCCAGGUGAUGUCAUAAGCGAGGAAGAUUUUCCAAUCGAAUCUACGAGGCUGAAGAGAUUGCCAAUUUGGAUAAUCAUGUUCUGCGCAGCUUGCGCUGGGUAUGGUUGGUCUCUUCAGGCACGAACGUCCAUUGCGGUACCUCUGAUCCUCCAAUUCAUCAUCGGAUUUACGGAAAUCGCUAUGCUCACUACCAUCCAAACGCUUUUAGUCGACCUUGUACCGUUGCAAGGCUCUUCAGUGACUGCGUGUAAUAACCUCAUUCGGUGUUCCAUGGGAGCGUUGUUGGUUUCCGUGAUCGACUUGAUCCUUCACCAGAUUGGCGCCGGGUGGACAUUUGUUCUGCUAGCAGGGAUUUGUUUUAUCUCCGUGCCCCUGAUUUGGUUGGCCGUGUAUAUUGGACCUCAUUGCCGUGCUAGCAGACGCGUGCGUCAGACUGCAUCCCAAAACUAA